AUGCCGAAAACUCAACACAAACAAGAAAACUUCAUUUCUUUAUUUCUAAAAUUUUGCAGCAAAAUUUACCCAUUGGAGAAUUCGAAUUAA